AUGCUAGUGGAAAGGCUGCAUAAGUAUGCUUUCAUAUUUGUGCUCAAUGCUCAUCAAUUUAGCCUGCAAAAAUUCAAGUGCCCACUAAGAUUUGCAGUUGCAGGGAAAUUGUUGAGCUUUAUUUUGAUGGGCUUGUGCUGUAGUUCAAUAAUUAAAUCUGGAAGCUCUCCUCAAUAUGAAGAAACAAAAACAAGCAACAAUAUUUUAUAUGCAACAUUACCUUCAAGUAGAGAGUUAGAGGGUGAAAUUCUAGAAUCCCCUAAUUUGAGGAACUUCAACUAUGCUGAAUUAAAAGCAGCUACAAAGAACUUUCUUCCGGAGAGUUUGAUAGCCGAAUGUGGUUUUGGUUAUGUCUAUAAAGGAUAUAUGAAUGAACAUUCAUCAAAAUCUGCUGCUAAGUCUAAGACAGGCUUGCCAAUUGCUAUAAAGUUAUUGCAACUACAUGGCUCUCAAGGCCAACAAGAAUGGUUGGCAGAGAUAAAAUAUCUGGGACAACUUUGUCAUCCAAAUCUUGUUAAAUUGUUGGGCUACUGCAUGGAACAAGAUCAGCGGCUUUUAGUUUAUGAAUUUAUGCCCAAUGACAGUUUGGAGAUGCAUUUAUAUGCUAGAGAAUCUCAAAUUCAACCAUUUUCUUGGGAUCUGAGAAUGAAAAUUGCCAUUGGUACUGCUAGAGGUCUAGCCUUUCUUCAUAAUGUAGCCAAAGUGAUUCAUCGAGAUUUGAAAUCUUCUAGUAUCCUACUUGAUUCCGAUUUUAAUGCCAAAAUUUCCGGUUUUGGAUUUGCCAAGGAUCGUCCAGAUGGUAAAUCACAUGUUUCUACAAGGAUCUUGGAUACAUCUGUCUAUGCAGCCCCUGAGUAUCGAGACGCAGGUCGCGUAACCACAAAAUCAGAUGUAUACAGUUUCGGAGUUAUACUUCUUGAACUCAUAUCUGGCCGCCCAGCUGCAUACAAUUACCAGGCAGGGCCGAACAUGGAUCAAAAUUUGGUCGAAUGGUUCCUUACGAACAAUGGAAAUUUUUCUAAAGUCGUGGAUGUUUUUCUUGAAGGUAAUUAUGCAUUGAAUGGAGCUCGAAAAGCCGCAAUAAUUGCGACCCAUUGUUUGUCACAUAGUCUAGCUAACAGACCUGAUAUGGAAGAAGUAAUUAAGGCUUUUGAGCAAAUGUAGCUUUAUAAGUAUCGUUGGUGUUGUAUAAUCUAUAUUAUAAACGUGUUGUGUUUGCAUUUUGGAUGUCAAACAUAUAAAUAAAAAUUUAUCGUGUUUGUGUUUA